UUUAAAAUUUAAUAAUAAAAAAAAGAUCCAUUCAUAAUGAUGUUAGUAUCCAUGGUGAUGAGCUAUUAAAGAGAAUCAAGCAUUUUAACCAAUUCUAGGUGUCAGUUUUAAAAGUAAACCAUCCUGAUUGUAAACAGCACACUGAGCUACAACAGCUGACAUGAAAGAGUGGAAAGUUUGUUUCUUAUUCAUCUUUCUGCCACAGAGUUUGGCUCUCAGACAGGACACAGUGGCAGUAGACAUUGAUGUGCACCAGCUGGAGCGUCUGGUGGAACUGCUGACAUCCAAGGAAUGUGAGGACCUCCUGUUUGCCCUGUCUCACCCAGAGGAAAACAUCUUCCAGCAUCUUGAUCGCCUCUCACCAGAAAAAAAUCAACUGGAUCUGAAAGUUCGGUUCAAGAGAGAUGCAUCUUCUGCUGCAGAUGGUGAGACUCAGUGCCGAACAGCCCUGACAGACUGGCUGCUGAAGUACGGUGAGAGGACAUACUACGACAAGCUUUCUCGCGCCUUGCAGCACAUCGGCAGAACAGACAUCGCUGUUGAAAUGGGGAAGAACAUCAACCAGGAUAAAGCCUUGAGCUUGAAACGCUACGUUGAGGAUUAUCACAAAUUUGUCAAGUCUUUAAACAUCCCAUCUGUGAAGGCAGACACAAAACCCCACCAGCAUGCACAUCAGAGGGUCAGAACUAAAAAGGUGAGGGAUCUGACGUGGUCUGACCUGGAUCUGAUUGUGGAGCGGGCUCCCAUCCCUGUGUACCCAAGAGGGCCUUUGGAAAUGGCACUGCCAUUUUUGUGUGGCAUCCUGCUGGGCUUUGGAGGCACCUUGCUUGCAGGGGUGUCUUUACUUUUCAUCAUCUACAUUUCUCAAAGAAGGCCUACAAGACAACUAUAAAGUGUUACAUGUUAGAUGAAGUAUUUUAAUGAUCUAUAAA